AUGGAAGAUUUUAUCUACGGCCCGUCCACUCAGUCCAUUAGCAUAAGGGAGUUUUAUGAGUGUAUCCAAACCAUUGAGCUAGUGGAUAUCCCGAGUCAUGGAUUACACUAUACAUGGAACCAAAAGCCUAAAAAUGGUGUGGGGAUCCUAAAAAAAAUUGAUCGAGUCAUGGGGAAUGUGAAAUUCUUGGAGCUUUGUCCGGAUGCUUAUGCUUUAUUCCAGCCAUACCGGGUCUCGGACCAUACACCAUGUAUUCUGAAGUUGCCGGAGAAGGGUAAGGGCAUGCCAAAACCUUUUAAGUUCCCUAACUUUAUUGUGGCCAAACCUGAAUUCAGACAAUGUGUCGCUAAAGAAUGGGAGAAGGGGGUAGACGGUGUGAACAUGUUUUCUGUUGUUGUUAAACUGAAGAAUCUUAAGCCUCAUCUUCGGAAAAUUUUGUUCUGUCAAGGGAACUUACACGAGAGGGUUAUUUUGUUAAGAAAGGAGCUGGAUAGUAUUCAGAAGAUGAUAGAUACUAACCCUCAUGACAUUCUCAUUCGUGAAGCUGAGUCGAAGUGUCUACAAGAGGUCACGGCUGCUGCUUACGAUGAGGAGUGCUUCCUCAAACAAAAAUCUAAGAUGGAAUGGCUUUGUGCGGGUGAUUCGAACACUACUUAUUUUCAUAAUAGUGUUAAAUAUAGGAAUGCUAGAGCUAAAAUCAGCAGUGUGAAGGAUGUGCAUGGAAAUCAGUUUGAUGGCACGGGUGUUCCGGCUGCGUUGCUGGCUCAUUAUUCCAAUUUUUUGGGUACGGAGGAUCCUGUUACUGGCCUAGAUGAUGAUGACUUAUUUGUUAAUAGCCUUUCUACUGAAACGGCUAAUCAUAUGGUCAGGAAUGUGACCCGAGAAGAGGUAAAACAAGCUAUGUUCAGCAUCGGGGAAAAUAAAGCCCCAGGGCCGGAUGGGUACACCUCAGCGUUUUUUAAGAAUGCAUGGGAUAUUGUGGGAGAUGAGGUGACCAACGCUAUCUUGGAUUUCUUUGACAACGGUAAAAUUUUGAAACAAAUUAACCAUACUAUUUUGGCUUUGGUUCCUAAAAAAGAUACUCCUCACUCCGUCCUUGACUAUCGGCCGAUCUCUUGCUGCAAUGUUUUGUACAAGUGCAUUAGUAAGAUUAUAACGGACAGAAUGAAGGGUAGCCUAGAGUAUUUGGUUAGUAUUAAUCAAUCGGCUUUUGUUCCUGGUAGGAAGAUUUCGGAUAAUAUUCUCCUCACACAGGAACUUAUGCACAACUACCAUGUUAACAGAGGUCCCCCGAGAUGCGCGUUCAAGAUUGAUAUUCAAAAGGCUUAUGAUACGGUCAGUUGGGCGUUUCUAAAGUCUAUUCUAUCCAGGUUCGGGUUCCAUCAGAAAAUGAUUACAUGGAUAAUGACAUGUGUAAGUACAGCUUCUUAUUCGAUCAGCAUUAAUGGUAACUUGCAUGGCUUUUUUAACGGGAAGCGGGGUUUGAGGCAGGGUGAUCCUAUGUCAUCGUACUUGUUCACUUUAAUUAUGGAGGUCCUAUCGUUACUAUUUCAACAUGCUGCUCUCUUGAAUCCUAUGUUCAAAUUCCAUGCUCAUUGCUCUAAACAGAAGAUCAUAAAUGUUUCUUUUGCGGAUGAUCUAUUUGUUUUUGUUAGGGGUGAUGCUAAUUCAGUGAAUUGUCUGAAAAAUGCCUUGGCGAAGUUCACUAGUAUGUCGGGCCUAGUUCCUAGUCCGUCAAAAAGUACCGUGUUCUUUUGUAAUGUCCCUCGGAAUACCAAGGAUGAGAUUUUGGAGCUAAUGCCGUUUCAAGAGGGUACUUUGCCUGUUCGGUACCUUGGGGUUCCACUUAUAUCCACAAAACUAGCGUACAAGGAGUGCAAGACUCAUGUUGAAAGGAUGGACCGGAGAAUAGAUAAUUGGAUGUCUAAAGCUCUAUCUUUUGCAGGGAGAAUUCAACUCAUUAACUCGGUUUUAUCAGCCAUGUACACUUACUGGGCGUCAGUCUUCAUUCUCCCAGCCCGUGUCAUCAAGGAGAUUGAGCGGAGGAUGCGUAGAUUCUUGUGGAAUGCUGGUAAUCAAGGUACUCCUCGGUCUAAGGUUGCUUGGAAAACCGUGUGUUUGCCUAAAGAUGAGGGAGGUCUAGGUAUAAGAAGUAUAUCGGAUGUGAAUAAAGCUCUUAUGACAGCACAUGUUUGGAGUAUCAUCAAUAAUCGUCAAUCGUUAUGGGUGCAAUGGAUUUAUUCUCAUAAGUUAAAGGGUAGGAGUUUAUGGGAUAUUCAAAGUCGAGGCAAUAUGAGCUGGGGUUGGAGGAAAAUUCUUGCUAUCAGAACUCUUAUUCGUCCUUACUUUUGGAAGUCAGUUAAAAGUGGGUCUCACACGAAUGCAUGGAGUGAUAAUUGGUGUACUUACAGUCCCCUUCGGUCCUUUAUUACUCCUAGAUCUAUUGCGGGUGCGGGUUUUACUCUCCAAUCAACAGUAGAUGAGCUGGUGGAUGAGAAUGGUCAAUGGAGGUGGCCCCAGGCCUGGUAUGAUUUAUACCCGGUCCUUAUAAACUUGAGUGUGCCGCAAUUGAACAAUAAUAUGGAAGAUAGGCUCAUGUGGAAGGAUGCUGAUGGUAAAGAUGGCCAUUUUAGUACCUGGAAAGCAUGGAACAACAUAAGAAAUCGUGAAAAUAGAGUGUUUUGGGCUCCAAUGGUUUGGUUCGGACAGUGCAUCCCUAGGCACUCUUUUCACUUGUGGCUUGUGAUUAAAGAUAAACUGAAAACGCAGGAUCGGCUAAGCAUAUGGGAAGCUGGUAGUGCAACCAACUUGAACUUAAUGUGUUGUCCGCUUUGCAGGAACAAUAGAAAUUCGAGGGAUCACUUAUUCUUUAAAUGCGUUUUUGCUUCGAAGGUAUGGCAUGAAGUUAAGAAGAUGGUUGACUUGGAUACUGUUACGGAUACGUGGAGCUCUGUGCUAACAUGGAUAGAACAGCACUCUACUACAAAGUCCCUUGAAGGCAUUGCAACGAAGCUGAUAAUUGCGGCAUCCACUUACUUCAUAUGGCAAGAAAGAAAUAGUCGGCUGUUUACUCAAGCAUGUCGAAGUAGUCAAGAUGUGGCUCAGGUGAUUAUUAGUACGGUCAGACUUCGUUUAAUGGGAUUGCAAGUUUCGAGCAUUCCAAGACACAAGAAGAUAUUGGACCGAUGGCAGAUUCCUUGGAACAAUAUGAAGGGCGACAUGGGCUAA